AAAUUCGGUGAUAUGUAACACAAUCAAGCACAACAAUCACGAGACUGAAACAAUACCUCUUUUUGAAAAACAAUAGCUUAUUUUGACCGUUAUUUACGGGAGAGGAUGGCGUCUUCAAAGUCUUUAGGCCUUUAUGAUUGAAGCCCAGAGUGCGCUCGUGAAAGAUUUCAGAGAUUUGACGGGAGCGGAUGAAGAAACCCCCAUGAAUUUCCUAAAAGAGAAUUUCAUGGACGUAGAGCAAGCAGCAAGUGCAUACUAUGAAUCUGCUGCAAAGGAUAAUACGGAGGAUGAUUCUGCAGGGACUCAAAGCAAACCCAUAUUGGUGUGUGAUUCCCCUCAGGACAAAGAAGAUGUCAAAGAGUCAAGAAAUUUGAAGUUUCUUACAUGGAAUGUAGAUGGUCUUGAUCAAAAGAAUCUUAGGCCAAGAACGCAAGCAGUCAUUGAUCUCAUAACAAGUCAUAAACCAGACAUAGUGUACCUGCAGGAAGUGAUAGAAGGGACGCUGUUACUUUAUAAGGAGAACUGCCAUGGCUAUGGAUGCAUCUCUGUCGAUUCUCGAGUCGAUUACUGCCCUGUCUAUUUUAAUGCAAUCCUUUACAACAAGCUAACAGUCAAUCCGUCAGCGCCACCAUCUGACAUCAAAUUUCCUUACUCAAGAAUGGGGCGACACCUCUUAAUCCAACCAGUACUUUUCCUGGACAAGGUACCACUUAUCUUGAUGACGUCACAUUUGGAAAGUACGAAAGAUUGUUUUAGGGAGCGUCAACGGCAGCUGGAAAUGGUGCUGGAAAAAAUGGAAGAACAAGAUCCUAACUCUAUGGUCUUAUUCGCCGGAGACAUGAAUCUCAGAGACAAAGAGCUGAAUGGUAUUGGUGGGCUUGAUUCUAGAGGUAUCCUUGAUGUGUGGGAAAAAGUUGGAAAUGAUGCCUCAAAGCUCACAUGGGAUGUCAGUGCUAAUGACAAUUUAGAUUGGCCUUAUCCUUACAAGCCAAAGCUUAGGUUUGAUCGAGUGUUUGUAAGGCCCGGUGGUGGUGUUGAGCCUGUCAGUUUCUCACUUGUAGGGACCAAGAGAGUCCCAUCAUGUGGCAGGUUCCCUAGUGACCACUGGGGGAUCUGGUGUGAAUUUGCUAUUACAAAUAUGUAGUGUCAGGGUUCAGCAAGAGGGAGGGGUACUUGUCAGUUUCAUACUUGUAGGGUCAGAUCGGUCAUAGUGGCUGGGUGGGGCAAGUAGGAAGGGGGUAAACUAAAGGAUGAUUCAUAUACUGGUAGUAUGGGGUAAAAAGAAGGGAGGGAUAACUAAAAAAAGGAUUAUCCCUGGCAGGGUGGGGUCGGAAGAAGGGAGGGGUUAACUAAAGUGUCAGUCGUUGUGAUGGUGUAGUGUAA